GUCUCUUCCACCUUCUCUCUCUUCCUCUCUCUUCAUCCCGCAAUCUGCAACGGCCCUUCGCCUCCCCUUCGACCUCCGGGCCAUCGCAUCUUCGGCAUCUUCGCUAUUUGGCAUUGAGUUGACCUUGGAUCGUUCGCUCCGAUUUCUUCGCCGUUUCUCCACGAACCUUGCGUCGCGAUUUUGCUCUUUUGUCUUCGCCGCAGCCCUCUUCCCGCCCCGUCGCACAUCGCCAGUGGGCCUACGCCUCUCCCUCUCGCUAUCUCGCAUCUGCUGGCUUGUUUGGCUUGCGUCGUCCAUCUCUCGACUCCUCUCCUCCUGCGUAAUCGCUCGUCGUCGCCCGUACCACGACCCCCUUUCAACCGUCUUUUCCGCGAAUUCUGCUUGCCUUUGGCCGCAUGUGGACGCAAUAACGCCACGCGCAUCUUACUCUCCGUCUCGGUCAUUCCCACCCCCCGUGGGCGCUGCCGUUCAGGCUUACCUCGAUAUAAUUUUCUAGAUUACAAUGAUGGCGGCGAGCAUCGGACCAAAUUUCACAGGCCAUCCCGCUGGUAUGGGUCAUCCCGGAGUCGCUGGACACCCCAUGGGACCUGGCAUGGCUCCCAACGCCGGCCAGCCCGGUACGCCCGGCGCCGGUAUGCCUCAUCAGUUUGCGGCCGGGCCCAUGGCUGGCCAGGUAAAUCCUGCAAUGAUGGGUGGCAUGCCUCCUGGCGCCAAUCCCAAUAUGCAUGCUCUCCAGCAUCUCAACCCUACUCAGCAGCAAAUGUUCCAGCAGCAGCAGAUGCACUUCAGCAACCCCAAUAACAUGGCCGCCAUGCGAUCGCAACAAGCACAGAUUAUGCAGCAGCAGGCUCAGCAGCGAGCCAUGAUGGCCCAGCAGUUGCAGCAGUCUGGCAUGCAGGUCGGCGCAAAUGGCAUGCCUAUGCAAAUGCAGGCUAUCAACAGCGCCCAACUCGCCAGUCUUAACCCGCAGCAAAUUGCUGCUCUCCGCCAGUCUGGAAGACUCAACCCUAAUCAGGCGCAGGCUCUCAUGGCUCACCACAUGGCCAUGCAGCACCAGAAUCAACAGCAGCAAGCCCACCAACUACAAAACCAACAGCAGAUGGCCGGCGGCCCUAAUGCAGGUCAACAAAUGCUGGGUCCUCCUGGUAUGCCCAACAUGCAGCCUGGCCAGAUGGCACCUGGCCAGAACCCCAUGGCUGCUCAGCAGCAGGCCCAGCAGCAGGCCCAGCAGCAAGCCCAGCAACAACAAGCUCAGCAACAGAACCAAGCUGGCCAACAACAGCAGCAACAGCAGCCUGGCCCACAAACGCCUCAACAAGCUGGACAACAGCAGCAGCAACAGCAGCAACAGGCUCAGACCCCAGGACAGCAGGGCAAUCAACAAGCGCAGCCCACGCCACAACAGGCUUCGCAAGCUGGCACACCGGCUCCCACUGGCGCGCAGACCCCCGCGCAGACCCCAGGCCAGCUACCACAACAGGCUCAAACGCCCCAGGCCCAGAUCCAACCUCAAGGACCUCAACAGAUGAACGCCCAUCUCCAGGCCGUUGCCGGUCAGCAGCAGCUCAACCCCGCUCAGCAGUUUGCUAUGAUGCAACAGCAGCAGCGUCGGGAAAACAUCAAAGGUCAGUGCUUGCUAAAGCUUCUUCAGUUCAGCGAGGCUCUUAGCAGCUUCCCUGGUUCGCGCGGCAAGGACGACCUCAGCUACUGGAACGCCUUUGUGUUCCGGUUCUUCUCUCCUGUUGCCGUGUUCAGACAUUCCAUGUUUAUUACCGAAGGCGAAGAGACGACCGAAAAGCAAUACGAGAUUGCCUUCCCCGCCAUCGCCCGAUACUUCCACACACACUUUGGUAGCGGUGUCAAGAGCAUGCAAGUGAUUAUGGAUCGCGGCCUUGCUGAUCGACCCCUACCCAACGACGGCCACUGUAUCGAGAGCGCCAAGACGAACUGGGUUUACUGGUUUGAGACGGGAUCGCAUCUAGUCGCCACGGGUACACUCCGCGCCCAGUUCGAUGCCGAAGCGCGCCUCGAGGUCUUUGAGUUUAUGACUAUGAACCACGAAGAAUACAUUGCUCGCAAGCAGGUUAUCGAUGCCGCCAAGCCGGCCCAUAUGUGGAUGAAGGAGUGGCACAAGGUUAACGCCCAGGAUGGCAAGGGUUCCCCCGAGAUGUCCAAGAAGGGUAAGGCUAAGCAGCUCAAGUCUCCGCAGACACAACCGCCCGAAGUCCUCGUCGAUCUCCCUGAUUCAGCCGUCAACAGCAAAGGCGUCACGCAGGCCGUCCACCAGUUCCUCGAGGUUGUCGAAGUCAUGGGCCAGAUGAAUCCCUUGUUUGCCUUUACGCAUUCCAACCCCGGACUCGGCCCAUAUGCUGCUCUUGAGCAGUACGUCUCGACGUAUAUCAACGGCCAGCCCAUGCCUGGCGUCGCGCCUCGCACGCCCAGCUUUGGCCAGUUUCCCAUUGGAGCCAGCCCAGCCGCGGCUAACAUGAACCUGCCCGGUUCCCCGCACGUUGGCAGCCCUGCUCCCGGCGCCAUGCAGGCCCCCAACAUGGCGAUCCAGGCCAGCCAGCAAGGAACCAGCUCUAGCGGUCCCAGUGCCAACACCUCGCCCGCCUCCAACAAGCGCCGACGCCCAUCCGCCGUAAAAGCUGAAGACGACGGCUCUGGUGCCGGAACGCCAGCCAGCGUGAACGGCGUGGCGCGUAAGCCUCCCACGCCGCGCAUGCCCAAGCGUGUCAAGGGCAACCCAUCAUGAUGACUGCUCAAUGAAACAAGGAAACGUUUGUUGCAUGGUAGCGUUGGUCUUUUUUUUAUACUGCUUUGGAACGGUGUUUUGCGGGCAACUUGCAGACAUGGCCGUGGCGAACACAAAAUACAGGAACAUAUCACUUCUUCGUCUUCUACGGGAACCCCACAUAUGGACAGCAUUUGGUUUUAUUUGCUUGCUUGCUUGCUGUUGCCUUGGCCUUUCAGCAACUUUGGUGUUGGUAGUCUUUCACUUGCCCUCGUCUCGACUCGUUGAGGCGAGAACCUGUCUUAUAUUGUUAUUCUCUUGUCCCAUGCAAUGGGGUGGUUUUUAUUUUUCGGCAACAAAUGAAAGGAACGAAUGAAGCGUAAAGAGAAAAAGAAAAAGAAAGCCCUGGCUGCAGCGUCCUUGCGUGGAGGUGUUAGUAGCGAGGAGAUACCCCGUCUGGCAGGCAAGGGCCGAAGAGUGCAACGUAAUGUGCCAUUUGAUUCUUCAUUUUUUUUUCUCUGGGAGGCGAGAGGAGUGUAAACAGGUCCCCCCUUUUGUCUCUUGCUUUUUAUUUCUUGUUCUUUUAUUUCUAUUUUUUUUUUGGGUAGAGGUGGACAAAAGGGUUGGGCUUUGACUUUGACUUGAUUUGAUUGGAGGGUAUGCUUUUUUUCUCUAUCUUUUGCGAUUCUUGCUUGGCGAUGGGUAUCUGUACGAUAUACUACCAAAAAUUCAUUCUCACUUUUUUUUUUCUUCAUAAAGAUGUUUAGAAACUUGUGAUGUGUCUAUACUUUAAGAUCCUACUUGAGU